GGUAUUGUGAUGUUUGUGAAGGUGGGCGCCCCUGGAGCUAUUGAUGUAAACACACACACAGUGAUGGCCCUCUCCACUGGUGACCUGUCUAAGCUACUCGGGAUUUUAUCAGAGGAGUCGGCCGAUUCAUCAACCUUAGAACAGAUAACGCAUCAAAUUUUUCAAAAUUUUACCAAAGAAGAUUUUUUCAAAUUGGGGAGUGCCCUUGUGUUUUUGUUACAACAGCCAGACCUCUUACCAAGCCCAGCACAGCGGCUUUCAGCAAUAACAAUUCUCCAUGAGUUGUAUCGAGGAGAACCCCCACCAAAUAAUCCUUUUCUUCCUGUGUUUGUUAACAUUUUGCACCCCCCUGAUGACAUAGCUAAAGGAACAGGCAAGAAAUUGGAAUAUGCUGGCCAUAUACCUAGAAUUAGCCCACAGGAGAUCGUCUUUCUGUCCACUCUUAUUACCGACAAAAAUAGCAAAGAGUUACUGAAGAGAACUGCAGCACAAAUUAUGAAUCUAGAUGUUACAAACCACCCACCGAUUGACACUACUGCCCUCAGACUAAGCUUAGCAGAAUUACUUUCAGAACGUCCAGAUACAGCCAAGAGUGCCAUCCCAAUUAUCUAUUCCCACCCACAGCCAUCACCCAGCUCAGGGUUAUUAAGUGAAGUUGGUCAAGUGAAGAGAACAUGUGAAACCUUGCUUUGUGGUGCAACUCCGACUUUAGCCCAACAGUACUUCACUCCAGAGAUUAUAAGACUAACUCCUCCACUACACAUAGCCGAAGAUGAACUAGUAUGGAUAACCCCAGUCGACCGGGCCGAAUACAAAGUUAUGUACGAUUCAAGUAUGUGUGUCCUUAGUGGUGGUGAUGCCGAGGCCAAGCGUCUAAUGGCUAAGGCCUUCAAGGAAACAUUAUCAUUACCUCAGCAACAGCACCUUCUUGCAGAACUAGAUAAGGACCCCAGAAUGGUAUAUCACACUGGUCUAACUCCUCCCAAGCUGCCUGACCUGGUCGAACACAACCCGCUCAUUGCCAUCGAAGUUUUACUGAAAUUAAUGCAGUCAAGCCAGAUCACCGAGUAUUUUAGUGUUCUUGUCAACAUGGAGAUGUCUUUGCAUUCCAUGGAAGUAGUAAAUAGGUUAACAACUGCUGUGGAGCUGCCAUCGGAAUUUGUACAUCUGUACAUUAGUAACUGCAUCAGUACCUGUGAGACCAUAAAGGAUCGCUACAUGCAAAACAGACUUGUUCGACUAGUGUGUGUGUUCCUGCAGUCUCUCAUACGUAACAAAAUAAUCAAUGUUCAGGAAUUGUUUAUUGAAGUUCAAGCAUUUUGCAUUGAGUUUAGCCGAAUACGUGAAGCAGCUGCUCUCUUCAGGUUACUCAAACAGUUAGAUUCGGGAGAUGCACAGCCAGCACAAGAACCUGCAAAGAAAUGAAGCCACAGAAGUAGUUCCUUCCAGUGUUUGAACAACAUAUCAGAUCCUACGGUGCAUAAACCAAGAUGACAGGAAGCAGAACCAACAAAUGCGUAUAUUUGAUGGACUGUUUAUCAGGGAUUCAUUCCUCAUACAUGUGUAAUAAGUAAUUUACUCUUGAUUAUAUACAAAUUUAAGUAAUGAUGCUUGGAUUUAAGAUCUGAGCUAUUAUAGAAGUGCAUAAUUCAAACCUUGGUGUGUCAAAUCAAUUUUUUUAGGGUAAUUAAGGGUUUGAAUGGUGGAAUGAAAAAGAUAAGGAAGCUGACAUUUCUAUAUCCUGUUCAAUUAUCAUUUUGUCACCUCAUACUGUACAAAAACAUUAUAUCCAUUGUCACUAUAUUGGAUGCUUUUGCAAGGAUUUUUUUAACAAGGAUUACAGUAUAUUUAGAAAAACAUUAUUGGUGGGACAAAAAACUUGAUAGGUUUUAUUUUGUUUCUUGAACAUUUCUUAAUAAAGCUAAAGAAUCGUUGACAGUUGCUCUUUAAGUAUUCAGUUAUAGAAUGACCAUAACAUUGUUAUUAAAUUGUCAAAUUGGAAGCUAGGCCUGACCAUUAUAAAAUCUAGCUGCAACAUAGAUCUAAAUUAUAGGACAUAAACAAUGCUGUGCAGUACUAUAGAUGCUAUGAUAGUCUGCAGUACUAUAGAUGCUAUGAUACAACAUAGUCUGAUUUCUGGAAAUCAUCGGUAAAAACCUUUUUCACUUCGUGCAAGAGUAGAAGACUGUGAUUUAUAUUUUCUAGCCUUAAGAAUACAUACUGCUGUUCUUCUAAUGUUCCUAAUGUGCAGUUAGUGUCAGUUUAUAAAUGGAGAUUUGUUUAUUUUGAUGUAAUAUAAUAAAACGUUGGCUUUAUAAUACAGAUAACAACACUAAAAUAUCAAAUCAUCAGGUGUAAGUUUUGUCCUGUUCCUGGGCAGAGUUGAAGGAAAAUUACAGUCUGUGGUAGCCUCUAAGUCAUUCAUAUCAAAAGCUGUGAAUCCCCUUUUUGUAAGAUUGCUAUCUUACAGAACCACAUGAGAUGAUGGGAUGAACAGUAACAUUUGGCAAAAAAAAAAUGCUGCCGAAAUAACCCGUAUUUAUGUUGCUCAACUGUUUAUGCUGCUAUUUGCAGUGUAUGUGAAGAUGAUCAUACUUAUAAUCUUACAUGUAGGAGAUAAUUCCUGGACUAGUCAUGCAGGACUAAGAAAAUUUGUCUGUGCAUAUUAAAGAUAAACAUUAUUCAGAAAAUUUAAAAAUAUGUCUGAUUUAGCCACUAAUGUACCAUUUUGGUGGCUUGUAUUUCAAAGAUUAAGAAAGUAUGAGAAGCUUCAAGUUCUGUAAUAAUUACUGAAGUUCAUUUCUUCUAUUCAGCUUUUAUUUACACAUAUUGCAUUAUAUAUAAAUGUUAAUGUCAAGGUAUGCACUUACAAGGUCUUGAAAGCAAUAUUGUAGAAUUAUUUCAGACUUUUAUGGGAUUUAUUUAAUGUUGAAGUUAUUAUUGCGGAUAUUUUGUUGGGAUUAUUCCUGGUGUAGUGUUAGGUCAUACUUGAUGUUAAUAAUGACUACAUUUCCGUCAAAUGUACUUGAAAGAUAGUUCAAAACAUUAUUUUGUUUUCAUUUAUAUUUUCAUAAUGACAUACUGAUAAGGUAUUUUAAGGGAAAUGCAAUCAUACAGAACUUAUUUAAAUUCACAUUGUGAUCACGUGUAAAUAGAUUAAUGUGACUAAUAUAUAUUAUAUCUCAGUUUGGUGUUAUUUAUGGUGUUAACAUGAAUGCUAAUGCUUUUUUUCUAUUGCAAUGCAUUACCUCACUUACGUUGUGUGUUUAAUAACCAUUUUACUUUACAUUAUGUAGCUUAUUAUCAUUAUUGACACUUAGACGCUGCUACCAGUUAUCAUUAUCCUGUCUUGUUUGUGCCAGAUAUUUAUGCAGUUGAUGGAUUUUGACAAUAAUUCCAUGUUCCUGUCAAAUGUGAAUAAAACAAAUUACAAUUUG